AUGGACGGCUACCACCUUUCAGACCCGCGCCAGCUCGCAGCGAUGCACGUAAAACGGAUCACGCUCACUUCUAAGAAGAACUGGUGGAUGGUGGAGAUGGAUCAGGACGAUCCCAUACCCCAGCCGCCCCCGGAUUCCGCCCAUCCCGCCCAAGCGCGCCCGCAUCCACUUCCCCACCCCCAUGCGCUCUCCCACUCACUCUCCCACUCCCAUUCGCACUCCCAUUCACAGCAUCCGCGGAGCACAUACCCCUCCGACCUCACCCUCCGCUCCCAGAUCACCCAACUCCAGGCAAUAACGCCCCCGCCCUCCCCGCCCAUCUACAACCCCCCGCGCCACCCCACCUCCAUCUUCUCCUUCCCCACCCCCACCGCCUACUGCGCGCCCCCGAACCCUACAGCCGCCCUCUCCCCCUUCGCCCAGGGCUCCGCCUCCGAGCUCUUCAAAUGCAUCGUAAAAAAGCCCGACGUCGUCCAGCUCGAGAUCAACGGCGAGAUGCAGUCCAACGCCUCCGAUGUCACCGUUCAAUUUCUAGCUGAAUUGCGUGUGUACACGACCCUCCACCGCCACAGGAACAUCUGCGCGUUUCUAGGCUCGCUCGAGAACGUUGGGAUGGUCCUCGAGUUCAUCGACGGAAGGACGCUGUACGACGUCGUCAUCCACCGCCCGUUCCUUACCCCUCACAAGAAGAUCGACUACCACAACCAACUUCUCGACGGCCUCACGCAUCUGCACAGCUACGGGCUGAGCCACGGCGAUCUCAGCCUGCUGAACGUCCAAGUCACCCAUUCGAGCGAUACGAUCAAGCUGUUAGAUUUCGGGCGGAGUGUUGCGAGUGAUUCCAUAUUCAAAAGCCCCGAGGAGGAGCCCGUUGAUCCAUUUGCGUAUCUCCCCCAGUCAUCCUCGUCAAACCCCAACCACCACACCCACAAUCAGAACCACAACUCCGCUUCAUCUUCUACAUCUAAUCUCCUCACCCCAACAACCCCCACACAAACCACCAGCACGCGCAUCGAGCAGAUCCACCCAGGUACGCGCCCCUUCUCCGCUCCCGAGAUCCUGCGCGCGGAGUGCCAGGACCCGCUCCUCGCAGACGCGUACUCCUUCGGCAUCCUCCUCAUAUGUCUCGACUACUGCGAGAGCGUCGACGUGAAGCCGUGGGAGCAGCGGAAGGACAAGGGCGUGAGCAAGCUCGUUGAUGGGCUGAGGUGUAAUGGGAAAGGCGGCGGUGGAGGGCAGGAAGAGGAGGGAGGAGGGGAGAACAUCUACGUGUUUGGGGAGAGGGUGGGGGAAUAUCUGCGGAAAUGGGACGAGGGACGCAGGCGCCUGAGGCGGGAGGAUAUGAUGUCCGUGCCGAUGGACGUGUCCUAA